CAGAGAUUCAGAGGAAGGAGGUGGGUAGCCGCCCCGCUGUAAGGACAAGAAACGAGACGUGAUAUUAGGAGCGUGUUUUCUUCUCAACUCACGAAAUAUACAUCGAUGUAUAUAUGAAACUGGAAAGGGAAAACCCCUAAAUCUUACUCUCUUUGUGUUUAUAUUGCGGUAACAGUAGUGAAAGUGGAAAUUGAGCAACCACCAUGGCCCAUGGUGGCUAUGGCAAGCGCAGGAUCGCGGAGCGCAAGCACACGGGUCGCCGAUCCAAGGAUCUCAGUGUGGAGAAGAAGCCCAAGGCUGUCUCCCUCAAGAACCAGAUUCGCUCCAUUGAACGCAUGCUGCGGAAGGAAAAAAAAAAUCUAAAUUGCGACUGUCUUGUCCAGGAUCUAUCUCCAGAAGUUAGAGAGGCACAGGAAAAGAAAUUAGAAGGACUUAAGAAACAACAAGAGAUUCAUACCCGUCUGGCUGUGGAGCGCAAAAUAUUCCUUCGAGACAGAAAGAUAAAGUUUUUUGAGAGAAGAAAAAUUGAAAGAAGAAUAAGACGACUUGAGAAGCUGCAGCGCACCUCAUCUGGUCAGGCCCAAGAUGUGCAGACUGCAGAGCAGCUAUCUAAAUUGAAAGAAGAUCUUGAAUAUGUUAGGUUUUUUCCCAAGACUGAGAAAUAUGUAUCGUUGUUCACUGGUAGUCAUGAUUCGGAUAUAGUCGAUAGGAGAAAUAGAUUGCGCAAGCAGAUAAAAGCUAACUUGAUAGCUGCUGCUGCCAGUGGAAAGGAUUUGGAAGAGACAGGGAGCGAAGAUGAUGGGCUUUUGGAUCUGACUGAUGAUGAUUUCUUUGUAAGUGGAAGCUCAAGUGAUGAAGCAGAUGCAGAUGAUGAAUGGACUGAUAAAAGUACAAAGGAACCUGCUUCUAGUGCUUCUGGGAAAGCAGCAUCUGGCAUGUCAAGUGAUGAAAGAAACCAGAGGCAGAUUUCUGCUAGGGCUUUAAUGCCGCCACCUCGUCCAUCAACCAAUUCCUUAUGUAGUUCAAAUCCUCAAUCAAGAUUUGGACCUUCAUCCAGUAAAAAUGUAUCCAAACGGAGGGCUGAAAUUUCUACUUCUACCAACACUUCAAAUAGCAGAAGUGCAUCUUCCUAUAAAUCCAGGGGAACCUCAAAUUCAAGAACAGGUCAGAGUAGCAACCUGAGUUCCACCUCUGAUGCUCGCAAACCUCGAAGAAAGAGGAGGCCGAAGAAGAAAAAGCAACAGGUCUGUAUGAUAGCAGGAAAUGGUUAUGCCUUUUCAAAAAAAAAAAUUCUUAUUCUUGAUCAGCUAUUUCUCCUUUCUCAGCUUUUGAGUAGGUUAUUUUUGAACACUUUUGCCAUUUGCUUCAGUACCUGACUAGACUCUCGAAACUCCUCAAUCAUGUCUAUAAAAAUUUUUUGAGGCUUACAGUUUUCAUUCACUAUCCAGAUUGACUUUGCCUCAGUCCUUUUGUAUGGUUGUACAGUCAUCUUGUUUAUUUGGUAGUUUGCCUAGCUGAUGGCUAGAUCCCGCAAGGCCAAGUGAUUGGUGCCUAGGCUUUAAAGGUCAGUGGGGACUCAUGAGUUAAAGAAAUUAGAAAGUGAAUCUUUUUUCUGACUGUGGUAAACUAGAAAGUGAAUAAGCUCAUACUUAGAUUCGUAAAUGCAGAAGUAGAUUAGAUAGAAGACUUAGGCGAAGAACUCACU